AAAGCGAGGAAGUAAACAGACAUCACAAGAUAGGAUACCUACGAGAACCCUGUCCUCCGUCAUACCCACGGAAAUCCUACAAGCUUUAAACAUCACAAGGACAAGGAGGAAAUCCUCAGUCAAGGACGACGCUGUCAGCUGGAGGGAACAGUUCUUCGCCGCCCCGUGGAUCAAGAAAAAAGUGGAGGAAUACAACGCCAGGAACGCUCUACUCCAGGCCAAGAUGAACGAGAGCCUUUUGGAGGAAUCAAUGGAGAUUCAUAAGAAGUCUAUGAAAAUGGCAGCAAGAGUAAAACUUCCUGGAAUAUCACUACCCGAGCCGUUUGAGGUGCCCCAAACAGGACUGAAGACACGCAUGUCUGAAGACAGCGUCAGUCGCUCCGUGUCCUUCCAGGUCGAGAACCCACUGGACCCACGUCGGCGCUCGACCUUAUCCGGGAAAGGCGGCCCGUCAAAGAGUUCAUCAAAGAAUUUUAUUGUGGGGUCUCACCUGGACUUUAGCGACACAGUGAGUAAAAUCCUCACCUGCCAAGAUGACGACGGUGAAGAAGUCGAGAACAAGCAGGACAAAGAAGAACAGCGCCACUCAGAUGAGAGCAUCGUUAGCAGUGCCCCCCAGCAGCCAGUUCAUCAGACCUACACAGGACCAAUUGAAUACUCGCAAUGGAAACUGAUCAAAAGACUGGUCAAGGGAGACUAUAUUGGACAUGAGUGGCUAGACUUUAACAACGGAGUCUACGAACCUCCCAAAGAGGACUGGUCAAUAGUCAGUGAGGGCUGCGAGAUGAUUAUGAUUAAGAAAGAAUUUUUACUGAAAUACUUACGAAGAGACUGGUAGUCGGUCGUGUAACAUAUCAUCAGAAACUCAACCAACUCAACUCAUCAGACCGGCCGUCAUCGACCAUAGUUCAUUUGAUAUAAUUUUGUUUACAUUUUUUGAUACUUGUGUAUUUUUAUAAUUAUUUUUACAAUAGACAUUUUCUUACUGUUUUACAUUUAUUUUUAUUUUAAGACUAUAAAAAAUGAGUAUCUUACUUAUAUAUAUAUUUACCUAGUCUAUAUGCUUGUUUGACUAAAAUAUUUAUUUCCUACAUAAUAGAUCUUGAUACAUUCCUGAGACAGUGUAAACUUGCUAAUGACAAAAUCCAACUCUAUUUGAUAUGGUUGAAAUUUUUUAAAAAAAGAGCUUUUGGGUAAUUAGGUGAUAGUACUCACACUUUGUGAAGCUUCAGAAACUUGCUGUUAGUGGCGGCUUACACUAGUUCACUGACAGCUGACGUGGGCUCAUUAGUGACAUCAGUGACACGAGCUUACUGUGACAUCACUGACAUGAGCUCACUGUGACGUUACUGACACGAGCUCACUGUGACGUCACUGACAUGAGCUCACGGCGACAUCACUGACACAAGCUCAGCGUGACGUCACUGACAACUGACACGAACUCACUGUGACGUCACGACGUCACUCACAUGCGCUCACUGUGACGUCACUGACAACGGACACGGGCUCACUGUGACGUCACUGACACGGGCUCGUUGUGACGUCACUGACACGAACUCACUAUGACGUCACUGACAGCUGGCUCGAGCUUACGGUGACGUCACAGGAAAUCACACCAGGCUGUAAUGUUGUGGCGAGACGUGGCACAAACUUCAGAACCGCCUACUGCUAGAACUGCUGGAACUCUCACACAGCUGAGUGACUCCUCACGCUCUUUACAUAUACAAUGUGAUCGUUCAACCCAAUUUACAAUCAUUUACAAACAGAUACGACAUUGUUUAAUGCAUGAUGUGUCCUAAUCAAAUACCCAUGUUAGAAUGUCAGUUAUAGAAAGUAAGAACUGUUCGUAAUGUAUUGAAA